CCAAGCCGGACGGACGGACGGGUCGGAGGGACGGGCUCUCUCUGUCGCUUGGUUUUUUUUCUCUUCUCGCCAUGCGAUGAAAAGGCUUUUCUUUCCACUCCUUUCCUCUUCUUUGCACGACGGGUCCGUGGAGAUAACGCGUUUCCCAUAGACAGACGGCGCAUUGAUCUGCCGCUUCGCCAGCCCGACUGUGCCGUCGUGGAAUACAUACAUAACAAAGCAGCUUCGGUUCUGUGGCGCAUCGACAUUCGACUGUGGCGCGCCAUUCCCGCGACGCCGCCCGUGUCAGGGAAUUGUCCGCGACACCAUCGCCCACAAACAAAGGCCCUGCCUUGUGGCAUUCAAUUGCCUUGCCUCUGCGGUCGGCAGUGCUCGGCGUGACUGCGAUACAGCCGUCACCAGAAUAGUUGCAAAACGACCGUGGCACGCAACGACGCCUCCAACAGAAAUACGUCGUAGUCCAUCAUGGCGCUCCGCGGCUUCUUCUCCUACUGGAUAAUACCCGUCUUCUCCAGCCUCGUCUGGCUCGGCAUGCUCCUCGGCCUGCUGCUGCACUGGAUCGUCGGCACCCACCGGCGCUUAUACCCGUCCAUGGAGGAAGGUCAGACCAUCGCCUACAUCAGCGACGUGGGCGCGCAGGAGCUCAAGCCGCUCUUCAUCGCCGGCUCGGCCGUCGUCACCGUCACGCUCGACCUCUCCUUUGUGGCCGAGCGCUGGCUGCGGCACCGCGGGCGCCUCGUGCGUAACUCGUCCGUCGGCGAGCGCGUCCUCGUCGCCCUGACCAUAGUCUUUGCCAUCAUCGGCACCUGCGGGCUCAUCUUGCUGAGCAUCUUUGACACCUGGCGCCACCCGCGCCUACACGACAUUUUCCUCCUGCUCUUCAUCGCCGGGUACCUGCUGUCGGCCGUGUUUAUCUGCUGGGAGUACCAGCGGCUGGGGAUUAAACACCGCGACUUCCGCGUCCUGCGCGCGUCCUUUUGGGUCAAGCUGACCUUCAUCCUCGUCGAAAUCGUGCUGGCCAUCGUCUUUGCCGCCACGUCCUUCACCCGACAUCGCAACAUCGCGGCCGUGUUCGAGUGGGUCAUCGCCUUCGUCUUCACCUUUUACAUCCUCUCCUUCGUCAUUGACCUGCUCCCCGCGAUCCACACGAGGCACCCGUCGGCGCGCUUCGAGAAGCCGCGCGACAUGGAGGAGGGCAACGGCGGCGUCGGGCUUGCCGGCAACGGCAACGGCCACGGGAACGGCGGCGACCACACCAACGGCGGCGGAUACAGGAGAGAGUACCCAAUGGACAGCAAUCCGCCCAACUUUUAGGAUGACGAGGGCAGCGGGGUUGACGCCGGGCUCCUCGACUGUUGUUGGACGAGGGCGUAACGUGGACGCCCGGAGAUGCGGAGGGCGGGCGCUCAAUAAUGAGGAAAAUGACACCGCUGUUGGCUAUGUGAACGAAUGUACUUUAAUUUUACUGCGGUCGAACUUACCAAGCACCUGUACUCAUACGCACUACGUUGUGUCCUGUACGAACCGAAUAAAGUCCG